AUGAGCAAAAAGGAGUCGCAUUCGACCUCCCAUGAGGAACAAUUCGAGAUAGCUAUUGUUGGCGGGGGCAUUUGUGGCUUGAUUUUAGCAAUUGGGCUGUUGAAGCGAAAUGUCAAAAUCACGAUUUAUGAACAGUCGCAAAGCUUUCGCGAAAUAGGAGCCGGUGUUGCCUUCACUGCCAAUGCGAUUCAAUGCAUGCGUUUAAUACAUCCAGGAAUAGUUGAUGCUUUGAAAACAGUUGCUACAUCUAACGGCAAUCCUGACGAUCCAAAUGACUAUCUCCAGUUUGCUGACGGAUUUAAUCAAAAGGAGGACGAAGAAUCGAAAAUCAUCUUCAAAUUGUACGCUGGCUACCGUGGCUUUGAAGGAUGUCAUCGUGCCCAUCUAUUGGACGAGCUUGUCAAAUUAGUUCCAGAUAACGUCGUCCGGUUCUGUAAGCGACUGGAUCAUUACGUCGACCCCGGGGAUGAAGGCAAACUGAAGUUGUACUUUGAAGAUGGUUCGACCGCAGAAGCAGACGCAGUCAUUGGGUGUGAUGGAAUCAAGUCCAAAGUGCGUCGCAUUUUGUUAGGGGAAGAAAAUCCGGCGUCAUAUCCAACAUAUAGUCACAAAUCUGCAUUUCGCGCCUUGAUUCCAAUGGAUAGGGCCGCUUCUGCAUUAGGCGACGAGUUAGCAAGGAAUCAACGCAUGCAUCUCGGACCAAGCGCCCAUUUAUUACACUUCCCAGUCGCUCACCAGAGCCUUUUGAACGUUGUUGCAUUCUUGGAUGAUUCAACCGAGCGAUCUUACUCAUCGAGGCUUUCGGAGCCGGGGAGCAAGCAAGAAGUUGUCCAGGCCUUUGCAAGUUGGGGACCCACCGUUCGCACAAUCACAAACCUUCUGGAUGACGAGAUGGAUAAAUGGUUCAUAUUCGAUACAAACGACCAUCCAGCUCCCAAAUAUGCAAGUGGUCGUGUCUGUAUCGCAGGUGAUGCAGCCCAUGCAGCUUCGCCACAUCAUGGUGCAGGUGCUGGAAUCGGAGUCGAAGAUGCGCUUGCGCUAUCAAGGUUGCUAGAGUUGGUCACAGAGUCGAUGGAAAAGGGUGGUCGUGCUUCAAAGCAAGAAGCUCUGACUGCGGCAUUUGCAGCUUUCGAUGCUGUUCGUCGUGAGCGCACGCAAUGGUUUGUGGGAAGUAGCCGGAUGAUAUGCAAUGUGUACGAAUUGAAUAACGCGGAAACAGGCAAUGAUAUGGAUAAGAUAUAUGAGGAGAUUAAAUGGCGAUCGCAUAAAAUAUGGCAUUUUGACAUUGAUGGAAUGCUACGACAGGUUGAGGAUCAGUACAAAGGCAAGUUGGAUGGCGAUAAUAUUCCAAAAAGCAUGCUGUAA